GAAACUUUUGCUCUUUAUUUCGUACGCCGUGGGUACAGUCCUACUGGAAGACGUCACUUGACAUUGAUUUCAGGUCAGGACUCACCACUAAGCAGAAUGUGUGGGAUCUGGGCUAUAUUUGGAAUCCCAGAAUACUCAAAGUAUGCCAGCCUUGCCAUGAAAAUCUGCCAAAGAGGACCUGAUGUGUUCCGUAUGGAGACAAUUCCCCAUUUCAAGAACUGCUGUGUGGCAUUCCACCGCCUGGCUAUUGUUGAUGAUCUUUAUGGCAUGCAACCAAUGAGAAUCAAAGCACUGCCACACCUUUACCUAAUUUACAAUGGAGAGAUUUACAACCACAAAGAAGUUGGGAAGAAGUAUGACUUUGACUUUUUCACCAAAUGUGAUGGGGAAGUCAUUCUGCAUCUCUAUGACAAGUUUGGAGUUGAAGGAAUGGCUCAAAGGCUAGAUGGUGUUUUUGCUUUUUGUGUUAUCGACACAAAGAAAAGACAAGUUCACAUUGGAAGAGAUACUUUUGGUAUCCGUCCAUUGUUUACUUUGUCUGCACCUGGAAAGAAAACAGGAAUUUUGGCUUUAAGCUCUGAAGCAAAAGGCCUUGUUCCUCUCAUCAAAAAUUUUGAAAAAAAUGGCAACAAGGUUGUGGUAAAGCCAUUCCCCCCAGGUCAAUAUGCAUCAUACAGCUUGUCAAAUGAAGAAGGAUUAACUACAUUUAUUGAGCAAAAGGCAUACACAAAGGUUGGCAAGCCCCCCGUCUUUGAAACCAAAGUAAAGCCUGACUCCAGCGAUGUCAUGGAAAACAUCAGAAAGUUGUUCACCGAAGCAGUGCGUAAGCGCCUCAUGGCAGACCGUAGAAUUGGUUGUUUGCUCUCUGGUGGCUUGGACUCUAGUUUAGUGGCAUCCUAUCUAACCAAGCUUGCAAAAGAAAGUGGAAUUGACUACCCAAUCCAGACCUUCUCAAUAGGAAUGGAAGGAAGUACAGAUGUUGCUGCAGCUCGCAAAGUGGCAAAUCACAUUGGGAGUGAACACCAUGAGGUAAUCUUUACUGCAGAGGAGGGACUCCAAGCUUUGCGUGAAGUGAUCUAUGCCUUGGAAACAUGGGACAUAACAACAAUCAGAGCAUCAGUUGGAAUGUACCUUGUCAGUAAGUACAUCAGCAAAGAAACUGACACUGUAGUAAUUUACUCUGGUGAGGGUUCUGAUGAGCUGUGUCAAGGUUACAUCUAUUUCCAUAAGGCACCAACCCCAGAAGAUGCAGAUGCAGAAUCUCGAAGACUGCUGGAAGAUCUUUACUUGUACGAUGUUCUGCGUGGUGACCGCUCAACAGCUUCACAUGGUCUGGAAAUCCGUGUUCCCUUCUUAGAUGUUCAAUUCACUUCUUAUUUCUUAUCUCUUCCUCCUGAGAUGCGACAGCCUAAAGAUGGUAUUGAAAAGUGGCUUCUGCGGGUAUCUUUUGAUAAAACAGAUGCAUUACCCAAGGAGAUUCUUUGGCGAGCUAAAGAGGCAUUCUCUGAUGGAGUGUCUUCUACUAAGCCUGGACAGGCAUGGUUUGAGAUUUUACAGAAUCACAUCAAUAACCAGGUCCCUGAUGAAGCACUAGCUGCAGCAGCUGAGGUUUACCCAGAUAACACCCCCAAAACCAAGGAAGGCUUCUAUUACCGUCAGAUCUUUGAAGAGUUUUUCCCAGACCAGGGCCAUUUUAUCCCAUAUCUGUGGAUGCCAAAGUGGACUAAUGCCACAGAUCCUUCAGCAAGAACCUUGGAACAUUUCAAAGAAUAGAGCUACACUAAGUGUGAUGCAUUCCAUGAAGUAUAAACAGUUAAAAUUUGUAAAGGACAGCAUCACUUUUGGAAACUUAAAAACAAAACAAAAAUCUAGAUGUCAUUGAAAAGCCCUGGGUUUGUUGACUUUCUAUUUAACUUUUUUUUAUUAUUAAAAUUGGAUCAGCUCAAGACUAGGUUUUACUGUUUUACAACUUACCAGUGAUAGGAUCACUCAAUCAUUUUGCUUUGUAUAGGAUUAGUUUGACUCUGUUUAAAGGCUUUACCACUUUUAGUAUCAUAGAUGUGAUCACUUGUCUUAACUCCCAGUCUAUACUUUUGCAAACAAUCUGCUGGUUUUUCCACCGAGGAAUUGAUAGGGGAAGGUCUUAAGGUGCCCUUAAUCCCUCGUCUCUGUUAAUGUAACAUCGUACAACCCUUAUAAAUCAAGUAAUUUCUAUCCAAAAAAUCUAAAGGGCAUGAAUCCCUCCAUGCUAAUUCCGCAAAAUGCCAUUUAUGUAGAACACAGCAUUGAUUUCAACAUUUCGGUAGGGUAAGUAGUCUAAGUGUGACCCUCUCCCUUCUUCAAUAACCAUUGCUUUGAAAGCUGUGAGGUCAUCUGAGAGUAGAAUGAGGCGUAGGGAGACUUGUGACAGACGUGGCAACUCAGUGGUUUAUUCCUAUUAAACUGAGACCCUUGUUUUUAUUUACCAACAACAGUUCUUUUAAUUUUACACCAACAACGGUACUUUGUAAUACGUAUGCAAUCUGUGUUAAAAAUUGGAUGAAAACAUCUAGUAAAAAUCACAAUAAGGAUUCGCAUUGAAUGAUAUCCGGUCCAAUUUAAUUUCCAGAUUGGAUUCCGUAAGAAAGUUUUCCCAGAAAUAACGCAAAUAAACAUAGAAAUAAAUUAUUAUUAAUCUGA